GAGAUGUAGAUAAAUGUCCGUCCCAAGAGCCGGAGGUCCUGGAGGGGCAGGGCAGCUUCAAGCUGGAGGGCUGGUGGUUGAAGCUGAGUCAGUUUCAUGGCCUCAUCGUCAAGAGGUUCCACUGUGCCAAGAGAAACACCAAGGGCCUCUUCUCUCAGAUCCUCUUGCCAGCCUUCUUUGUCUGUGUGGCCAUGACUGUGGCCUUGUCUGUGCCUGAGAUUGGAGAUUUACCACCCCUAAUCUUGUCCCCAUCUCAGUAUCAUAACUAUACACAACCUAGAGGCAACUUCAUCCCUUACACCAACGAAGACAGAUCCCAGUACAG